UCGAGAGACGCCGUUGCCGUGGCAGCGGUCGGGGAGCCGGGACAGGUUUUGCCGGGGAUCCCAGGAGCGGCAGGCGCACCUGGGGGCAGUUUCAUGAGCCGACCAGACACAGUGGCUGAGGCUGCGACGCCGGAGACUGGGACUGCAGAGCUGGACACGGGAAGCCAAGCACCUGGCUGAGCCUCUGACCCUGAGCCCGAAAGCCCACAGGCAAGUCCAAGAGCUGGGGACACUCAGACAUCCAGCUCCACGGACAGGCACCUGUGCAGAGGAGCCACGAGGAUGGCACACCUGCUGGGCAGCCAGGCCUGCAUGGACAGCCUGCGCAGGGACCUUACUGACCUGCAGGGUGCCAUCGUGGACGUGUUCUCGCGUGCCGGGCCCGUGCGCUUCCCCUCCUGGAAGUUCCCUGACCGCAUGGCCUGUGACCUGGACAUGGUGGCCCUGCUAGAGCACUACGACCACGUGCCGGGUGACCCCGAGUUCACGCAGCUGUCCCACGCUGUGCUGCUGGAGCUGGUCAUUGACAGGCUCCUGCUGCUGCUUCAGAGCUGCGCGAGCUACUUGGAGAACCUUGACUUGGAGCAGACGGUGCCCCCCGCCAGGGCUGCCAGGCCCUGCAUGUCUGUGGGGCUCACAGUGCGGCGCUUCUGGAACAGCCUGCUGAGGCUGGGCAUGCUCAUUCGGCAGGUGGCCCCCCAGAAAAGGGCAAACCAAGGGGAGACCCCCACCUCCAAGCCCACAGCCAAGGGCGAGCCAGCCAGGAGCCCUGAAUUUGUGACUGCCAAGCUCAUCAAGCCCACCUCCCCAAUGCCAGGCUUGCCCCAGACCUGCCAAGAGCUGGACAGACUCUGUGUCCGCAUCUCCCUGCCGUGUCCAGCCAGGAUGGCCGAAAACACUAGGAGUGUCCACUCCCAGACUGUGGAGACAGCCCUGGUGCCCUGUGAUGCGUGCACCAGCAUGCAGGGCAGCCUGCGGGAGGUGGGCAAGAUGGUCAUCAGCCUGUGUCAGAGCCAGAACUUGUCCUCGUCCUUAGGCCAGUUCCAGCAUCUGGUGCAGGGCAGCAUGGGGCUCAGGCCGCUGCCGGCCACCACCGUGGGCCACUGGGCGGCCGAGCAGAGCAAAGACCUGACACGCCUCAGCAAACACAUGGGGGCCCUCACUCAGCUUGUGGGGCCCCUCAGGGCCCAGCUGGAGGAGGCUAAGGGGCAGAAGGACAGACUGAGGAAGCAAGUAGGCGAGCUGGAGCAGGCCCUUCAGCGGGAGCAGGAGGCACAGCGGCAGCAGGCGGAUGAGGCCGAGCAGCGCCUGGCCCAGUGGGAGCGCGACAGGCAGCAGCUGCUCGCAGAAACAAGUGACCUCAAGACAAAGGUGUCCACCCUGGAGGGGGAGCUGAAGCAGCAGCGGGAGUCCACGCGGGCCGUGGAGACGAAGGCCCAGGAGCUGCAAGAGGAGGCUGAGCACAGGGCGGAGGCUGAGAGGCAGGUGCAGCAGCUGGAAGAGCAGGUGCAGCUGCUGGCAGGGCGGCUGGACGGAGCCAGCCAGCAGAUCCGCUGGGCCAGCACAGAGCUGGACAAGGAGAAGGCCCGUGUCGACAGCAUGGUCCGCCACCAGGAGUCCCUGCAGGCCAAACAGCGAGCCCUGCUACAGCAGCUGGACACCCUGGACCAGGAGCGUGAGGAGCUGAGGGGCAGUUUGGACGAGGCCGAGGCCCAGCGGGUCCACGUGGAGGAGCAGCUGCAGCACGUGCAGAGCGAGAGGGAGCAGGGGCAGUGCCAGCUGCGGGCCCAGCAGGUGCGAGCGGGCAGGGUGAGGGGGCAGGGGCGGCACUUCCCUUUCUCUGCAGGAACCUCCAGCCAGCUAAGCACCUGCGGGCCUGCCCCGUGCCUGGGGAGUGAUGGUGAUGGGGUGUCCCCAGGGGGCUGGGAGCUGGUCCUCAGCUCUGAGCCUCCCCUGCCCCAGGAGCUGCUGCAGAGCCUGCAGCGAGAGAAGCAAGGCCUGGAGCAGGCAACAGCGGAUCUGCAGCUGACCAUCUCGGAGCUAGAACGCGAGCUCGUGGAGUUGAGGGAGCGGGAGAGGCUGCUGGUGGCCUUUCCGGACCUGCACAGGCCUGUGGAAGCCCAGAUCCAAAGCUCUGGCAACGUCACGGACGACAUGGAGAAGCAGGUGCAGGCCAACGACAUCCGUAUCCGGGUCCUACAGGAGGAGAACGGGCGGCUGCGAUCCAUGCUGUCUAAGAUCCGGGAGGUGGCCCAGCAGGGGGGCCUCAAGCUGAUCCCACAGGACCAGCUCUGGACCCCUCCCAGCAAGGGAAUCCACGGAGCAGCGCCCCCAGCCCAGGCCCAGAGAGCAUCUCCAGGGCCCCUGGGCAGGCGGCACUCACCUUGCAGCAGGACGGCCAGUGCGGGCAGGACCCUGCCGGGCCAGCCCCAGGCCUCCCCGCCUCAGCAGCCCUGCGGUCGACCCAGCAAGUCCUCCCUGGAGGAUGUGACCCACUCGACCAACUGUGCCCAGAACCCCAUCCGGGCCUUGGCCAGGCUGAGAAGGAGACUGUCACCAAGCCGGGGCCAGGCCGGCCCUGCAUACCAGCCCCAGGAGCGGCCCACGUAGCCUGCAGUGGAGUGGGGCUGGAGGGCGGGAAGCUGGCAACCCACCCCAUGUAAUAAAGCCCAGACCAUCUGCUCACA